AUGGAAAAGGGGUGGCAGAAGAAGCAUGACGCAUGGGUGCAUUCUUGCGUGUGCAAGCCACGAGGCGCCUCUCCCCUUCAGUACACGGAAGCAGAAGCCAUGGCACAGCAGCAGGAGACCCGCGACUUCACAUCUCAAGCUUACGGGACGGUCGAAGAGCUGAGAAAAUACAUUGAAACCACGAGGGAGAAACUUGUCAACGACCCCCGGACGAAGCAAAUGAUUGACUCUGGAGAGGCGACGUGGGAUGAGGUCAAGUCGUACUUGAGGGAACGGGCACCUCAGCGCCUGAUCUCUGCCGGCCCCACCACCACCACUUCAACGUACUCUUACUCUGCUGGUUUCUGGUGUCCCGUUACCCAAGGGGGCACGUUCACAGCUGCACCUAAUACGGUGUUUGAGGUUGCGUGUGAUGCGGAGACUACAAAGAAGAUUAAUUUGAGGCCUCAAGUGGACGUUGUGUUCGAUGCGAAAGCAAAUCAGCUGGUCUUUGGAUUUGACUUGCCGGGGUUCAAGAAGGAAGAUAUCAGCGUUGAGACGGAAAACAGAUGCCUCAGUGUCUCAGGAAAUCGGCCAAAGAUAAACUUGAAGGAGGUGUAUGGAGAGCAGAUGAAGUGUUUGGUGGCUGAGAGGAACUUUGGCUUUUUUUGCAGGCGCUUUCAGCUGCCCCCAAAUGCGAUUGAUGAUACCGUGAGUGCCACGAUGCAGGAUGGGGUUCUGUUUGUUCGCAUAUCAACGAGCGAGAAGGCGGCUGGAGACAAGAAGAAGGUCAGCAUUGACUGA